AUGCCGACCGACGCCAGAGAUCCCGAGUUCCUGGACAAAGUUUCCAACCUCGUCCUCAACAACGAUCCCAGGGUCAGAGAGCUCAACCUGUCCAGUGCCGGGCUUCAAGACUCCCACAUCCCCCACAUCGCCGACGCCCUUGCCCUCAACACUACGCUGCGCACUGUGAACCUCUCAACCAACCUGCUGUCGGACCUGUCGGUCAAGGAGCUGGCUGCGGGGAUCAAGGGCUGCCCCUCCAUCCGCAAGUUGGACCUGGCUGAAAACUCGCUGGGAUCUCGGGGGGCGGGUUACCUUUCAACCGUCUUGGACAGCAAGACCAGCCUUGUGGGGCUGGAUAUCUCGGUUAACCUCAUUCGCGAUGAGGGUGCGAAUGCCAUCAUCGAGAGUUUGGUGCACACGCCCCAUCAGCCCAUCUCCUGGCUGAACUUGAGCGAGAACUCGCUGUCUGACUUCUCAGCCCCCAGCAUCGCGAAUCUGAUCCGCAUGUCAGCCAACCUGACGCACCUCGACAUCUCAAGGAACGACUUUCAGAACGACGGGAUCCGCGUCCUUGCCGACGAGCUGGCGCUGUGCUCCAACCUGAGGCACCUCAACAUCAGCAACAUCCAGCUGGUGAGAGAUGAGACAAGUGGAUGCCUGGGACAGAACUCCUCGCUGCAGACGUUGGAUAUGUACGGGUGCAUGAUAGGGGAUGUAGGGGGCACGAGCAUGUGCAGAGCGCUGGCUACCAACACCACGUUGCUCAAGCUGGACCUUGGAGCCAACAGGAUCUGUGCUCGAGGGUUUGAAUUCAUUGCUGAUGGCAUUCGGGUAAGAUGCGAUGUCGAAGAUGAUUGA